AUGGGGCACCCCCCGCUGGAGUUCAGCGACUGCUACCUGGACAGCCCUGAUUUCCGCGAGAGGCUCAAGUGUUAUGAGCAGGAACUGGAGAGGACCAAUAAAUUCAUCAAAGACGUGAUCAAAGACGGCAACGCGCUUAUCAGCGCAAUGAGAAAUUACUCCUCUGCUGUUCAGAAAUUUUCCCAAACGUUGCAGUCCUUUCAGUUUGAUUUCAUUGGAGACACUCUGACUGAUGAUGAGAUUAACAUUGCUGAAUCCUUCAAGGAAUUUGCCGAAUUGCUCAACGAAGUAGAAAACGAGAGGAUGAUGAUGGUACACAAUGCUAGUGAUUUGCUGAUCAAACCCCUGGAAAAUUUCCGGAAGGAACAAAUAGGCUUCACAAAGGAGCGGAAAAAGAAAUUUGAAAAGGAUGGAGAGAGGUUUUAUUCCUUGCUGGAUCGGCACUUACAUUUGUCUUCCAAAAAGAAAGAAUCUCAGUUACAAGAGGCAGACCUCCAGGUGGACAAGGAGAGACACAAUUUCUUUGAGUCGUCCCUUGAUUAUGUUUAUCAAAUCCAGGAAGUUCAGGAGUCUAAGAAGUUCAAUAUUGUGGAGCCAGUCUUGGCCUUUCUUCAUAGCCUCUUCAUUUCCAACAGCUUAACCGUGGAGCUCACACAGGAUUUCCUCCCAUAUAAACAGCAACUCCAGCUCAGUUUACAGAAUACAAGAAAUCAUUUCUCCAGUACCCGAGAAGAGAUGGAAGAACUUAAGAAAAGGAUGAAAGAAGCUCCACAGACAUGCAAACUUCCAGGACAGCCAACCAUCGAAGGCUAUCUCUAUACACAAGAGAAAUGGGCUUUGGGAAUAUCCUGGGUGAAAUACUACUGCCAAUAUGAGAAAGAGACCAAAACGCUCACCAUGACACCUAUGGAGCAGAAGCCAGGUGCUAAGCAGCAGGGACCCUUGGACUUAACCCUGAAGUACUGCGUGAGAAGGAAGACGGAGUCUAUCGACAAGAGAUUCUGUUUUGAUAUAGAAACUAAUGAAAGGCCAGGAACCAUCACUCUGCAAGCCCUUUCAGAAGCUAACAGAAGACUAUGGAUGGAGGCCAUGGAUGGGAAAGAACCUAUCUAUCACAGCCCUAUAACGAAACAGGAAGAAAUGGAGCUGAACGAAGUGGGGUUCAAGUUUGUUAGGAAGUGCAUCAAUGUCAUUGAAACCAAGGGGAUCAAGACAGAGGGAUUGUACCGUACCGUGGGCAGCAAUAUUCAGGUUCAGAAGUUGCUGAAUGCCUUUUUUG